UUGGAAGAAGGGAGAAAGGUAUUGGACGAGAUCGUGAAGGAGGGUGAUGAGCGUGUAGAAUGCAUAAGAAAGGCGAAGGAGGCCGCGAUUCCUUAUCCCGAAUUGCUUGCAUAUGCACAAAGCCUCAGCGCUUUUACGAGCGCACCGCCAGGCUUGACUAUGCCCGAGCCAGGUGCCGUAGGUCCUGUGCCUCUAUUCUUCCCGCCAUUUCCGAAUGAGGAGAAGAUGCGCCGUGGCAGACUAAAUGUGGAGCGUCCGCUGGGUGGGCUCGGGGAGAACCAUAGCGUGAGGGCAGCGCCAGAGCCGUCGCCCCCACCUGUCCAGACACGCGAGCGGCCAGGUGUGAACCCUUACCGUCACGAUACGCGCCCACAGCUGGCUGUGUUCGACCUUGAUCUCGACCUCAACCCAGAUCUAUGA